GACAAAAUUACACAAGUACUUAAUUAUGUCAAAGACCAAUUCUUCUGAACCCCAGGCACUACUAGCCCCUCAAACUACAGUGGGAGGCCCUCCGCCACCGCCGCCGCCUUAUUCUGGGAAGAUCCCAGUACCCCCACCGCCAGGGACUGCCCCUCAAACCAGGCUAGUACCCCCACCGCCACCUCUUCCGGGCUCUGCUCCUGUCAUACCAGGCUUAUCGCGCGGGUAUCGUACCCCGGCGAAAGACCUGACUGAAGCAUGUCGUUCUGGAGAUUUAGAUCGAGUACAAGCCCUGUUUGCCGAAUUUGAGGAUACUGAAAGGGAUGCUGAUGACAAUGACUUUGGCUUUCAACAACACCUUGGACUUAAUCUGAUAAUCGCAAUAUCAAGAGGAUAUGUCGACAUUGUUGCCUACUUGCUAGACCAUGGAGCAGACAUGAGCAACUCACCAGAUUUAGCAACCCAGCACAAGGAUCCGAGUAUCGCAAUUUCGGUCUUUAAUACUCUCUUUGAUCAUGGGUUGGACCUUAAGCUCUAUCCAGACAUACUCCAUUCCAUAGUUGAAAACGCAACUCUACUCAAGUACUUGCUCUCAAAAGGGGCAGACCCCAACGGCCUUGACGACUUCGAAAUGGUCCCUCUCCAAUUUUGCCAAAGCUGUAUAUCAAUCAGAACCUUACUCGACCACGGUGCAGAUAUCUCACGUAGUAAUCUACUACAUGAGGCAACUAGUAUUUCGGAUGAUACAGAGUGUAUAACUCAGAUGGAAUAUAUACUUAGGAGAGGAGCGGAUAUUAAUGCCCGAGCUGUAUAUCUAGGGACGUAUGAGCCAGGCACUCGUCAAUAUAAUAACGGGAUGAGACGAACGGGGAAUGAAGGUACUGCUUUGCACUGGGCUGUCCGCGGCUUUAAGACUCGCCGAGAAGUCGAUUUGUUCCCUAGGGUAAAGUGGCUCUUAGAACGAGGGGCGGAUAGGGAGAUUAAGGAUAAUGAUGGCCUUCGACCAGUGGACUAUACACCCAAUCAAGCCAUGAUAGAUCUUUUAGGUAUAAACGAAGGGCUAUAGUAUUAAUAGAAUCUGC